GCAUUACCCAGUUGCCAUGGAAACCAGCGGCAGGAGGAGGUGGGCGGCCGCGGGAGGCGGCAGGGAGCGCGCGCCUCGCCCGCAGUCCUGGCGCGGCUGCUUCAUUGCGAGCUCCGCCGGCGGACGCAGGAGCCUCGCGCCCGGCCCCCUCCCGCCGGCCUUGCUCCCGCCUUGCGCCUUUCAGCGGGGGGCGGCUGCUCUGUGCACGGACGGGGACGCCCCAGUGCAUGAGGUCUGGUGCUUCCCGGAGAGCGGCCGAGCGUGUGCAUUAAACCCUGAGGAACGGGAACCAUGUCGGGCUCCUACGAUGAGUCUGCAGCGGCUGCGGAGGAAAUAACCGACAGCUUCUGGGAGGUGGGGAACUACAAGCGGACGGUGAAGCGGAUUGACGACGGGCACCGGCUCUGCAAUGACCUGAUGAACUGCAUCCACGAGCGGGCCAAGAUCGAGAAGGCUUAUGCCCAGCAGCUGACCGACUGGUCCAAGAGGUGGAAGCAGCUGAUCGAGAAAGGCCCGCAGUACGGCAGCUUGGAGAGGGCGUGGGGAGCCAUGAUGACGGAGGCGGACAAGGUGAGCGAGCUGCAUCAGGACGUGAAGAACAGCCUGCUGAACGAGGACUUUGAGAAGGUGAAGAACUGGCAGAAGGACCUCUACCACAAGCAGAUCAUGGGAGGCUUCAAGGAGGCCAAGGAGGCAGACGACGGCUUCCGGAAAGCACAGAAACCCUGGGCCAAGAAAAUGAAGGAGGUGGAGACGGCGAAGAAAGCUUACCACCUGGCGUGCAAAGAGGAGAAGCUGGCCAUGACCCGGGAAGCCAACAGCAAGGCGGAGCAGUCCAUCACUGCAGACCAGCAGAAGAAGCUCCAGGACAAGGUGGAAAAGUGCAAGCAAGAUGUGCAAAAGACCCAAGAGAAGUACGAGAAGGUGCUGGAGGAGCUGAACAAGUGCACCCCGCAGUACAUGGAGAGCAUGGAGCAGGUGUUUGAGCAGUGCCAGCAGUUCGAGGAGAAGAGGCUCAUUUUCCUGAAGGAGGUGCUGCUGGACAUCAAGCGGCACCUGAACCUGGCUGAGAGCAGCAGCUACACCACCGUCUACCGCGAGCUGGAGCAAACCAUCCGCAUGGCGGACGCGCAGGAGGACCUCAGGUGGUUCCGCGGCACCAGCGGCCCGGGGAUGCCUAUGAACUGGCCCCAGUUUGAGGAGUGGAACCUGGACAUCACGCACACGAUAACAAGGCGAGAGAAGAUUAAGAAGAACGAAGGGGUGACCCUGACCAACGCCACUGCAGUGAGCGAGUCAGCAGCAGUGGCCGGGGACCGCGGCAGCGUGAGCAGCUACGAGCGCAGCCAGCCCUACACUACUGAGUGGUCGGACGACGAGGGCGGCAACUCCCUCAGCGCCAGCGAGGCCAAUGGCAGUACCAACCCCUUUGAGGAGGAGCCGGCGGGGAAAGGCAUGCGUGUGCGGGCCCUAUAUGACUACGACGGGCAGGAGCAGGAUGAGCUGAGCUUCAAAGCGGGCGACGAAUUAACCAAAUUAGGUGAAGAAGAUGAACAAGGAUGGUGCAAAGGGCGUCUAGACAAUGGGCAACUCGGCCUUUACCCAGCCAACUAUGUGGAGUCAAUCUAGCCUCGUGGUGUUCUCGUCUUUGCUGUCAGAAAAUAAACAAACCCUCCGUCGUCGUCAUUUCUCUGCAUCAGCCAACCAGCCAUCUUGCCGUCUGGUCACUCACUCUGCACCGUUAGAGAUUCAAGCAUAUUUUCCAACCAAGCUUUUAUUUUUUUAAGAGCCGUCUCUGAAGAGUAUUUUGCCUACUGGCUUUUCUUCCUCUUCUUCUUUUAAGAUAAUGUGAAGCGAAAGGUCGACGUUGUCCGUCUUUUUUUUUUUUCAAAGCAAAAAGCCAAUACCUCAAGAUUUUAAAGCCCAACCAAUGAGAACAUUUCCAGGGCUUCUGAUUGGUUGGUUUUUAAGGCUAUUGUAAUCAUAAGCCGCCUUCCCAUUGGCUGGAACUGUUCUGAAACUCAUGGCGCGUCAACUGCUGGGACCGGUCAAAUUUGCCCUAUUGGAACAUAACCAAAUUAAAAUGGGAGAAUGGAAUUUAUCCCCUUUUAUUUAUGUACAGAUUUUUAUACUCACCCUCCCUAUUCAUUGUCUCUCCAGUUUCUCCGUCCUUGGGGAAGGAAGGGGGGAGGGAAUCUCCCUACCUAUCCCUUGCCCUCUCCCAUUCAUCCCAAACCACGUCCAUGGACUGUACAUCUCCCAUCCAGCUGACCACCCUGAGUCUUGGAGUUGGGCAAGGAUUAGCGCUUACUGAUGUCUUGCAAGGAGGAAUGGUUGCCUGUAAAUUAAAGGAAGAUUCCUCAUCCCAGUGAAAGCUUUGGGGACCUCACCCCGCCCCCCCCCCCCUUUUUUUUUUUUUUUUUUUUUUUUUUUUUUUUUAAGAGUAUGGUCUUCCCCUCUUCCUCCUCCAAUCAGACAUCACUAUGGUGUGGUCACUGGUAUCCUAUUGUCAUCCUGGACUCAGCAAAGGCUUCCUUCCAAUGCUCUUCAGUAACAUCGCAUCACUUCCUCAGUCCAGGUUCCCAGCAAGGCUGUACAAGUUCUCCGGUCUGAGACAGGAAUGCCUCUGCGUCUGGCAAAACCUGGGCACGCUGGAGCAAAGGCACCCGUGGACCCUGAACCACAAUGCAGACUCCUGCUCCCUCUUCAGGGGAUGCUUGGUACGCUGCUGUGAUGUGGAGAGCAGUGUAGGCCUGUGAAAGCUAAUGGAGGCCUGCACUCUGGGAGGGAGUGAGCGAACCAGGCCUUGAAAUGCAUCACCUCUUCCAUUAGAUUCUUUGGAGAUUUGCACCGCGGCUUCACCGCUGUUGAAAACCUCUUCGUAACAGUGACAGGAGCUGGGGUGAUACAGGGUGCCAGGCUGGGAUGAAUCUUAGGCCUGGAUCAAGACCUCCUUCCUAGGAAAGCAAUCUCACCAGGGACCAUCAGAGGGACUAUUUUUCUGACAUUGAACUAAGGUGGGACCACACUUCACUGUCCCGUUCUUUGCACUGGAAUGUGGUGGAGAUUUAUAUUUAUUCCAACCCAAUGUGGAUGAGUGCAGGAGAUUCCCUUUAUAUGUGCAGGCUCUCUCCCCCAGCCAGCGGAUGGAUGGUGCAGGGGGCAUGGAGAGGAGUCGUCUGGCAUUCUGACUGGGUGCGUAGCGUGGGAGAUGCUCCAGGCCACCGCCCUGCAUAGGACGCAUGUGGAAGAGUCACAGAUGAGACGCAUUUAGUAAAUGAAGCCUGCACUAGUGUCAGACAGAAGAGGGCCCCUCCUUUAGGUGGUGGCAACAAGGCUAAGAAGAACUCAUCUGGAUAGCUUUGCGCACCUGGUAUGGGCUCUGGACGCAGCUUCCAAGAGGAGAGACCGUGGAACUGGAUUGGUGCGUUUGGAAUGGAUUCCAAGCCUGGAGCCCAACCAGUGUAAUGGUGGGGAUAGGUGCUGAAGCUGCAACACAGAGGAAAGACAGCUAUAAAGCAAGCUGCUGUGUCCCUUCCCCAGUGAGAAUAGGUGUCCUCCAGUCCCAUUCAUGGCCCUGAGUCCUGUUGUGAGCUCCCUGGAGGGACUGUGAAUAGGAUUCCCCAGUAGCUGCUCUGCACCUUCCUCGUGAAAGGCAUAUUCACCCCAUAGGCCAUGCUGAUCACACAUGACCUGUCCCCUGACUUCCAAGCCAGCCUGCACUUCUGUUUGCCAGCAGUCUAGGUGUGGGUGCUCCAGCACGCAAUUCACCCCUGUGCAACUCCAUUGACCUCAGUGAGCUUAAGCGGGGGUGGAUUGGACCCUGAGACUUUCCCGAGCCACGAUAAUAGCAACGGGGUAUUCUGCAUCAGCUGGAAACAUGGCAGAACCAGGCACUCGGCCCCGAGAGAAGGAAGUAAAGCGUGUAGGGCCCAAUUCCAAUCUCAGUUUCACUGGUGUAAAUCUGGAGUGACUCUGCCAGGGUCCCAGAGGUUUUACUCUGGAUUUAGAUCAGCAUCAAGCCUAAAGGCAAUGGUUUGGGAACCAAAGAGUAAAUGCCAAAUGGAAGAGAACAUCAAAGCAAAAUCUGCCUGGAGUGAAACAACCAGGGUCUCCUCGCUGAGAAUAAAAGAGGAUGGGGAGGGAUUGGUGUUUACUCUGAUCCAUGGAGGAAACGGGCCAUUACAUUGCUGUAGCUCUUGCAGAAGGAGCUGACCUUGCCACGCCCAGCUCUCCAAGUGCUAACCACGCCUGGGGAAUGCCUGUGGCCUCUUCCAUCAGUGGCAGGUGGAAGGUCCCCACAAGGGCACAAAGGUGGCAUCCCAGGGCUAUGAAAGAACAAUCCCUUAGUCAAACGCUACAUGGAGCUGUGGUAUCUCAGUUUUUUAACCCCCCACAAGCCAGGAUAGCAAAGUGAGGACCGUGGGAGAAAGGGACACUUGCUUCUGCUUCAAUCAGAUCGGGGAUGUGAAUACUGGCUGGCAUCCCAUAGCAAAUAGAACAUCUUCCUUAGAACAUCUUCCUUGGAAGGUCAAGUUUCCCCUGGAACAAAGGGAUGGCCAUUCACCAGUGGCUUUGGUCUGAAGACUGAGAUAACACUGACGGCCGUAGUCUGUGGGAGAGGUCACCAGAAGGCUAAACCACCACACAGCUACUCAUGUUGUCACCAGUAUCUGUUGCACUAGACACGCUCCUGAGCCUAUAACCCUACGUCCAAACAACGCAGGUCUGAGCUCCAUCUGUACUGAUUAUUUCAUAGCCCUGGGAUGCUUUGUAAGUGGGGCCUUCCAGAAAGCCCGCCCUGGAAGGAGCAGCUUUCCUGAUCACAAUGGGAGGGUGUUGCUCCUUAGGCUCACAACAUAACCCAACCCAAAAUCUUCCCAGGAGACAAGCUGGCAAAAGCAAGCCUAGUUGUCAAAGCUGUUUCCUCCUGCUGGCAAUGAAGUUGAGUCACUUCUCAUCCAACCACAUAUUUCCUUUCCUAAUCCCUGGGUGAGCCUCAGGCUGGUUUCAUCAAUGUCGAAUGCAAAGACGAGCCAUUCAGGAGAUUCCUAGCCAGAAUUUAGCAAGACAUCAUCUCCCCGGCCUCCCGCCCACUCAGGACAAAAAGAUAUUGACUGGUAGACUUUUGUGCUAGAGACUUAUAUAACAACUCCCAUGGGGCAGGUCUUGAGAAGCCUCUUCCUGCCCUGAGUGUAAGUGAAUGGCGCUAAACACUCCAUUGGUAUUCAGCCUCCACCUGGCUCUUUUUCAUCCUGGCCCUGCCCCUUGCAACGUAGCUUCCUUUGCUUGUUUGUGCAGGAUUAUCUUUUUCCUGCGGAGAGUGGGAAAGCUCAGCAUGAAAUAACCCAUUGUGAGCCCUUGGCAGAUGGUUUUCCUCCAUUGAGCUUCAAUGGCUUCUUCCAGCCGACAUCUCAGCUGGGCUCACCCUGGCCUUCCAGCCACUUGUCCUACAACGUGGGCAGCUGGCCUUGAACCACUGCACCAGCUGGAUGCCUCCAUUGCCCCUACCUGGCAAGAGCAGCCUUUCAUGAGUCACAGCUGACCCUUGGCUCACCCUGCCUGCCCCAUUUCCAGCAGACUCCACCUCCUCUCAGCAUUUGGCUACAGUGCUCCUCAAACAGCCUCCACCGGGGCAGCUUGUGUCUUGGAGGUGCAGAAAAACUACAGAGAACACUUUAAAAAGCAGAUUCAAAUUCCAUAUGGCCCACGGGGGCAUAUGGGUAACAGGUUAUUUCCCAUUCCUCACCCUCACCCCUUGAGCAGUUCAAGGAGAAAAGCUCCCCCUGAUUUUUCCACAGGAAGCCGAAGAUCAUUGCUUAUUUAUCCACCACCAUCUUCAAAUCCAUCAGCCGCCUCCCCUCCACACCCUCCUCCUCAAUCUGUUUAGUUCAUGAAUUAUUGACUCCAGUGACCAAGAGUUCUUCCUGCCCGAAUAAAUGUGCUGCAUACAGGAUAACAUAGACAAGACUUCUCCAAUCUUCAGCUCUGUUUCUUCCAUUAGUUAACAACAACAAAAGUCAAGGAAAUGCUGUCGUCUCAGCACUGCACCUGUUUUUUGUACAUUGUGCAAUUUAAAAAAGAUCUAUCGAAAUAUAUAUAUAUAUAUAUAUUGUGAUUGUAUUACUGUGCAUACGACAAAAACAACAAAAAGAGUAACUGAGCUAUGUAAUUGUUAUAUGGAUUUAAAACUUCCUUUGAUUCUUGUGCUCCAAUACCUCCUGGUGUAGAUGUAACUGUCACCUUUACCAGAUGAGCAUUACUUUUGGGUUUGGUUUGUAGCAGGCAGUGGGUGUAGGGAGUAAGAGCAGGGAUAUUUCUCAAUCGCCAGCAUGGUGGGGGAAGGAGGGCACUUGGUGCUGUGCCUUCCCCCCCACAUCCUGCACAGGAAGUUCGAUGCCUUCCUCUCCCCCAUGCCUUCCACCUCCCCCCGUUGCACGCCGAGUUAUCGCUGCACCUGAAGGAGGCAUAACAGCAGCUGGGCAGGCCCUGUUGUGUUCCUCCAGAGAAGCUCAAGAACCAGGGGGCCUGGUUUUCAGAAGCCUUGAGCGCUUGCUGACUUCAUCUGGAGUUGUGGGGGCUCAGUCCCUCUGACCACCAGGACCUGAGUGUUCUCAAAACACAUCCCUACAAGGUGCUGAGAAGCUGAGCCUGUUGCAGGAGCAGGCCAGAGCUCAGGAAACAGGUGGAAAAGGCCCUUUGCAAUGAAGACCAACUCUGUUAUCGCUCCUCGUAGGAGAUGGGCCAGGACCUCCACCAUGAAGCCUUUGUUAACGGGGAGGAGGGAGUGGAUCAAAUCCCUGAUGCUGCCUCAAGGGCUUUGCUUCCAAGUCAGAUCCAAAGCCAGAUGCAGGGGAGGGGGUCUAAAGUUUUGCUGUCAGGACGAAGCCAAGAUCCUUGCAAGAUUUUGAGUCUCUCCAGAUCGAGUUGUGGGGGUGUGUUUGCCUCCCGCCGAGGCUGCGAUCAUGCAGCAUUGGAUUUUAGCAUUGUCCAACCCGAGGCCCAAGUUCCAAUUCAAACCCAAGCCUGAAAGGGCAGGGGAAACCCAAUCCUCAUAGCCACCCCCUUGGCCCAUCUCCCCUCCUGAUGUUCGGUUCCAGGAAUGUUUGGCAGGGCCUUUUCCGCACUGCAGCUCCAGGUCAGAGGAACUUUGAGUUUGGAAUGGCAGGAGAGGGACACUCAGGCUUUAUUUAGUUUUUGCCAAGCUUAGAACAGCUCUAACACAGUGACUCCAGGGCCUUGGUCCAACUGGGACAGAAGAAACAGCCCUUAGGUCAAGUGGGUGAAAGUUUUCACCGUAGAUAAAGAGAUGGGAGUUGGCCAUGUCCCACAUGGAAGGCAUUGGAACUUUCCUCUGCUUUAGGGCGCCGGGGAUGGGAAACAUGGAACUGAGUGUAAGGUGCAAAGGAGAAAUCUCUUUUGUUGCUCCAGUGAAGUCAGCAGAGCCACAUCCAAGAGGAAUUUGGCCCAUUCUCUUUAGAAAGACACGUGACCUGUCUCCCAAGCCAGCCAGCAAUAACCAGAGAUGUACACUUCUUCUCUCAGUAAAGGUCCUUUGAAGGAGAGUUUCCCCUGAUGCCGAGACUCCCUAAGGAGCAAGCAAGAUCCAACCCAAACACUAGGGUAAAUCACAACGUAAGAGUGCAGUCCUGCAAGAUCCUGAGCGCUCUGAAUUCAGACCAGGCUUGGCCGGAGUUUGGAAGCCCCUCUGCAGGAGUGGUCCCUACAUUAUCCAAUAGCUUCCCGGAGUAGGUUGUAACCUAAUAGAAGUGAGCUGAGUCACUUUUAGGACAGGCUCUCAAGCACAGUUUAAGAAUAUUUAAUCCAUCACAUGGAGCAAGUCCUCUACUUCCUCCCCUUGACUGCUCCACUGAAUGGUGUUAGCUCCUAAAUCCAUUGCCUUCUCAGUGGGCAGCCUCCGGUCACCCAAUCCAUCACGGAGGCUCGGAAAGAGUUUCACAGUGGGCAAACACACCGCUCCCAGGAGAAUAAUUCUAUAUUUAGAUGGAGGGUUGUGGGAUGGGCAGAGCACGCAGGGCAAAGCCUUUACCCUGGCAAAAGAACAUCACAAGCACUCCACCCUCCGCCUUUCCCCACAGGGCCGAACCACCGCCAGAAAGUAGUGGGGUUAAGAGAAGGCAAACCUGACCUAUGAGGCUUUAAAAUUGGAGGCUACCCUUUAUGGCCGAGGGAAACUUCAAGGGCUCAUAUAGAAGGGCACAGAGUUUCCAGUGGUUGAGAUAACGCCACUGUCUGUCUAUCUAGCUCUAGACAUAUCUCUCGAGGGAGAGGACAGAAGUGGGGGCAUGGCCUUUGCUUAACGUUUCCCAUUAGAGCCCUGGGGGUUUGGGGGGCAAUCUUGAGGCUGUAAUUAACAGUGUUACUGUGAGCAAAGCUACACUAGGAGAAGGAGAGUGUGUAUCCGGUACGCAAGGCUGCCUAUUCCAUAAAGGAAAAAAAACAGAUAAUACUUUAAAAAUACAGUAAUAAAGAAAAAGGAUUAUUUUAUUCA